AUGGUCCGAAUUGGAGCCAAUCCAGAAUUUCAGUUUCAUGAUAGAUGCAAGGAACUUAUGUUGAAUCACUUAAUGUUUGCUGAUGAUGUUAUCCUAUUUUGCGACGGAGACUUCAAAAGCAUUCAUUAUUUGCUUCAAGGGUUGAAACUCUUUUCUUGUACAUCUGGGUUACAACCGAAUCCUACUAAGUCUGCCAUUUACUGUUGUGGAAUGGAAGAAACUGAAGUGCAAAGAGUCAUGGACAGAUCUGGUUUUUCCAAAAAAAGAGGGAAAGAGUGCAUGGUGUUAGUUGAAAAAAUGACAGCAAGAAUAAGAACAUGGAGCACAAGAAACUUGUCCUUAGCAGGUAGAGCAGUGCUUGUGAACUCUGUUUUGAUGUCUAUUCAUGCUUAUUGGAGUCAAAUUAUGAUUUUACCUAAGAAGAUCAUCAAAGACAUUGAAACGAUAUGUCCAGCUUAUCUUUGGAAGGGACACCACACGGCAAUAGGGCCUGGACCAAUAGCAUGGGAAAAUGUUUGUCAAUCGAAGGCUGCAGGAGGCAUUGGUUUCAAAAGAAUAGCUGAGUGGAAUAGGGCUGCCUUGACGAAAUACGUUUGGGCGAUUGCAAACAAGGAAGAUAACUUGUGGAUCAAAUGGAUACAUUGUGUCAAAGGUUGGCUGAAUUGGAAAAUAGAGUCAAUUGAUUUGGAUGCCAUGUUGAGAUGGAUUGAGAGAUCAAAGGCUGGCAAAUUUAGGCAAAGUUUCUGGCUUGCUGUCAUGGCUGCAAUGGUAUACCAGAUAUGGAGAGCCAGGAAUUUGGCUCUUUGGGAAUCAGAGGUGCCGAUUGCUUCUGAGAGAUUGUACAGGUAUAGGAAAAAAGGAAAAAAAGGGGGAAAGAGAAGGGGAUUCAUGUAA